ACCUUCACUUUAUCAACGCACAGUCAACAAAAACGUUUUAAGGCAUCAACUCUUCAACUGCGUUAAAUCAACUAAGAAGCUUCUUGCUUCGAAAUUCCCUUUCGUUCCUUUUGGUCAAGAUGCUUAACCAAGUUGCAGUGGAGGCCCUCUAUUCGGCCACAUACUUGGAGAACUAUCUUGAUAGUGUUGAGAAUCUCCCCAACGAUUUACAACGACAUAUUUCUAGAAUGAGACAGCUCGACGUCGACUUCCAAGCCAUUCUGCGGGACAUUGAGCACUACAGCGACGCUAUCCAAAAGGGUCCAGAGGCGCAAGAAAAUCAAGUAGAUUCUGGAGAUGAAAAACCAAGUGGAUCUGGUUUGACAGCCUCUACUGGUGCAAGUGCAGGUCACUGGAGAAAACGUCUCUUACAAAAAGUGCAAUCUGCUCUCAUUUCUUCACUAGAAAUAGGGGAUGAAAAACUACAGUUGGUGCAAACAAUGCAAGAUGUGGUUGAAAACAAAUCAAGGCAACUGGAAACUGAUUGCAAAGCUUUAGUUGUUACAGAGUUUAGCAAAGACAGAGAAUCAACUGACUGUCCAAAGGAUCAUACUCCAAACAGUCGGGAGGUGAGUUCAGCAACUGGAGGAAAUGCAGGCAAUACAGGAGAAAGAACCAAAAGAGCAAGAAGAGCACGCCCAGAUGACCGUGAUUCUCCAGUUCCCACUACACCAGUAAAUGUUGGUCCUUCUCAGAGGAAGACGUCGAAUGCGACAAAUUCAGCUACUGCAUCAACUGGAGCUAAAAAGAAGAAACGUCGUUCGGGAAGAGAGAAGGAAAGAAGUGCUUCACCUCAAGAAAUUCCUAUUGAUCCGGACGAGCCGACAUAUUGUCUUUGCGAUCAGGUUUCAUUUGGUGAGAUGAUUGGCUGCGAUAAUGAUCUGUGCCCUAUAGAAUGGUUUCAUUUUUCGUGCGUUCAACUCACAACAAAACCGAAAGGCAAAUGGUAUUGUCCGCGCUGUAGAGGUGACCGACCUACCGUUAUGAAACCUAAAGCUCAAUUUCUUAAGGAACUUGAACGGUACAACAAAGAAAAAGAGGAAAAGGCUUAAAAUGUGUUUUUUGUGUGUAUGUGUCACUCUUAUCUCUACCAUUUCGUUUUCUUAUCACUUGUGUAUGUAUAAAUCAGAAAAAAAGACUGCCUCCUUGUUAUAUGUAGGUAAAUUUUUUUUUUUUUUUUACAAAUUGUAUUCCGUCAAAGUUUAAAUAAAGACGCUCUACUUUC